GAGAGUAACCGGACUCGGUAACUGUGAAACAAAGUGGAGGAACUCGGUACGUGCUGCGGGACUCGUGCCGAGUUACAAAGACCUAAGGUAGUAUUAGUUAUGAUUAGUUAUAUAGUAUUGGUUAACAGUAAUCAGAAUACAGCAUUGGACCUUCGCAAUGACACGUGAUAAACUCACGAUACCAUCUUCCGUAAGUUACUAUGAACGCGCGAGUUGUACUCGAAUAUAUUCCCACGGAACCAAUGUUAUGAAGUAAAAACUAUUUGUUGUGACAAACAGGAAAAAAAGUAGUACUUUAUGCAUAAUAUUUACAUUCGCCGAAACUGUAACCUAGGCCCGAUCACGAAGCGGCAAUAUCAAUCCAUGAUUAUCAUUUAAAGUAGAGCAGCAUGUAAACUCCGUUUUAAUAAAUUCAUUCGAAGAACAAAAUUCAUUUAAUUGUCAACUCGAAUUCAUGGUUCGUCGACCAACCGCUGAUACAAAUAGCAGAUUACAAUCUGUACCAAAAUUCGCAAAGUGUUAAUAUUACAAAAUGCAUGCCGUAGCGGAUGCAGGAGUGCUCUAAAUGACAGUUGAUCCUUGGGAGAAGCUGCACCAUGUCGUUUUGUAUGCGACUCGCUCGCAGUAAACCUAUCCGUCUGUUAGGAAGCGUAGCUAUGAAAUGCUGGGCUUUCUUUGGGACUUACAUUCUCGCCUGUUUCCUCCUCUAUUGGCUGUACGGUGGAAUUUUUACUUUCUUCCUACUCUGUUUUGCUACGACAGGUAUAUUGUAUCACAGGGAAGAUCAACUUGUAUAUCGUCCAGAAUGGCCAGCUAAUUCUAGGGUAUAUGUUCCUGCACCUUCCAUAUAUAAUUUACCUUAUCAGAGUAUUUAUAUUAGAUCAGGGGAUGGUACGAUGUUACACAUGUUCUAUAUUCCUCAACCAGAGGAUAGAGCGAAGAAGGUGCCUACUUUAUUAUUUCUCCAUGGCAAUGCUGGCAAUGUAGGGCAUAGGCUCAAAAAUGCAGUGGGAUUGUAUCAUACUGUUCAGUGUAAUAUAUUGAUGUUAGAGUACAGGGGCUAUGGCUUGUCUCAAGGUUCACCAUCCGAAGAAGGUUUAUACAUGGAUGCCUGUGCUGGAAUUGAUUAUUUGUUCAGUAGAAACGAUAUAAAUACGAAAGAGAUAAUCGUAUACGGUAGAUCACUAGGUGGAGCAGUAGCCAUCGAUUUAGCUGCAAAGCCAGAGAACUCCCAAAGAAUUUGGUGUCUUAUUCUUGAGAACACUUUUACCAGUAUUCCUGACAUGGCUACGUUCCUUUUUGGAGUAAGAUGUUUACACUAUCUCCCCCUUUUUCUAUAUAAAAAUAAGGCGGACACGCUAGUGCCUCCGUACAUGAUGAGUCGUCUUUACCAGAAUUGUCGAAGUCCGUAUAAAAAGAAUCUCCAGAUCAGGGGAGGGACGCACAACGAAACCUGGUGCCAGCCAGGCUAUUACAAAAAUCUAUGUAAUUUCUUAAACGAAUUGAGAGAAAAGCCUCCGGCUCAAGUAACGUCCAGUCAUUGGCAUAUAGACGACAUAUGAUCGCCGAAGUUCAAAGCUCAAUAUUUAGGUCAGUCUACACUUAAAAUAACAUAAUUUUGACGUACUCGAAUGUUCGUUUACAAAUUUGCAUUGUGAUGGAUUUUAUUAAGAGCAUAACUUGUAAUUAGACUGCGGAUUUUUGUAGCUGUAGAAAAAAAUAUGAAAAGUGCAUAGUACUAUUUUUAAUUUCAUUACCUAAACUGAAAUUACUCUGCAUAAAAAUUCGUAGUCUACUUAUAACAAAAGGGGAUCAAUGUCAUACCUAAAAAUUUAGAUCAAACAUCUUAAAUCCUUCCAAUAGAUAAUAUUGAAAGAACGUUCAAAUAAUUUUAGUUAACUAUUUUCAUCGAAAAACGGCUGUUUCAUUAAUAAUAUAAUGUCUUGAAUUGUACGAACGCUGAUAUAUUUAUACGUGUGAAUUUAUAUAAGAAUACGUAUUUGUUAUUUUAAUAUAAAUAUUAUACGGGGCAUGACUGGGCGUGUGUAUGUUUAUAUAAUGGACGCGUGUGUACCGUACGUAAAUUGUAAUUAAAAUCUUAUUUAUUUCCUUUAACAAUCAAGGAUUUUCAAUAUCGAAUUGCAUAACUAAAGCUUGGAGUAUAAAUUAUUUCGAAGCGAUACAAGUUAUUUAUAUUGUUGUUAAUUAAAAGUUAAUGAAGAAAGAUUUUUCGGAAUGAAAGUUGAAUGAAGUGAUGAAUUGAAACGUGUGUAAAGCAAAUAAAUUUCUAUACGAAGAA